GUUACAGCAGUAGGGCCGGCGUGCCCAGUGCUGCUGAUGUGAAACUUCCGUGUGACGUUCGACCGCGUCUAGGACAGAGAAGAAAACGAGUGUGACCUACACCGAGUGACAGCACGGAAGCAGUAGUCAUAUUAUCAGGUGGCCUUGUGUCAGCAUCUGCAACAUGAGCCCGUUGUAGCCUGUAGGCCCCACCUCGUCCCAGCUGUACACAUAUACCGCAUAUUUGCCGCCACCUCUUCCUCUGAAGUGCCCGUAGCCAUAUAUCAGUGUCACUCCUGAAGUUUUCGUCCACACGAACAGCUCUUGGAUACCCCCCCUCUCCCCCCCUCCCUUCUUGUCUCCCUUUUCCUAACCGCUAUGCUCACGCCUUUCCCAGCCUUCGUAGCCCCACCCUCGUCUUCCGGUUCUGCAUUAACGGCGUUGCGCACGGCUGCGCCUGCAACUACGCUGACGAGUCGAUCACGCCGAGCGGCUGAUGGCUACGGCAUGGCGAAGGGCGCCCGCCACGCGUGGAGUGCUCUAGGAGGUGUUUCAGACGGAGGUGCAGCGACGAGCGCUGGAGAGGAGGAGCGAACAGGAAUUGCCGCGGAACCGAAGCUGCAGCCUGCAGUCGGUGAAGAAAUGCUGAAAUGGAAUGAUAGGCUAAAUAUCGUGGGCGGCCUAGCGACCGGAGCCACGGUCGUCGCGCUGGCCGCGCUUGGUGGGUUUCCCGGCCUUGCCGCGGCGGAGGCGCCGGCGUGGGUAGGGCCCACGAAGCUUGUUUUGGACCCCACCCUGUUGUUCUUCGAGUUCGCGUUCGUAGCUCGCAUCGUUUUGUCCUGGUACCCUAAGCUGGACCUCAACAGCGCACCCCAGAACCUCGUGGCGUGGCCAACGGAGCCCAUCCUGAGGCCCACAAGAGCGAUCAUCCCCCCCGCGUUCGGCGUGGACAUAAGCCCCAUCGUGUGGGUCAUGAUCUGCUCGCUCGUGCACGAAAUAUUGUUGGGGCAGCAAGGUAUUCUUAACCUAAUGUCCAACAAGUAGAGCAGGUGUUCGGUUGCUUGGGGUUCUCCCACUUUGGAUGGAGAGCUUUCCGCUCCCCUGAGAUGCAUCAUU